AUGAGCGCUCCAGUUUCAGACACUCUCAAAUCGUUACCAAAGAAAACCAGGUCCCGAGCAGGGUGCGUGCGAUGUCGCCGCCGACGGCAAAAAUGUGACGAGAGUAAGCCCUCCUGCGAUAGAUGCGUCGAGGCUGGGAGCAUCUGCAAAUAUGAGGUUGCGCUGAGUUGGGGCGGAAGAGCAUUCGCAAAAUCCACUUUCGGAAAGUGUCUUCACGAUAUCAAAAGAACAGACAACGCCUCGACAGGCAAUGGCUUUGUCUACAGCACGACCCAUGCCCAGUCACCUAGGCGCAGGGCAUCGCGGAGGACCACAGCGACGCGGUCAAAUGCCAGCCAUGAAACAAGGCCACAGCGCUCGACAGAAAGUCAUGUACCGGAAAACACUCCGGAUACACUAGAUCGACGUGUCACCACCACCAACGCCUCCUUGAUCAUGAAAAGCGAUUGCAUUCUGGAGGUUUCAUCAAGAGUUCACCCACAAGAUAAGCUGACCGGUCCCCUUCACCCCUUACGACCGCAACAUCAGAUAUCCUUUCUUCCGCCCAUGGCUAAAUAUCUCUUCCAAUUCUACCUCUCCGAAACGAUGAGACUUACAGUCCCAAGCAGCUAUGCCAAAACAGAGAUCUGCCGAUUCCUCGUCCCGAUGUCGCUCCAAGAGCCUAGCUUACUCUACGCCGUGAUGGCGUUCGCCUCUGUUCAUCUCGAUGCCAUCGGUAUGCUGCCCGGAAAUUCGCAGCGACUUAUCGACAGUCUCCAUUGGGCCAGCAUCAACCAUCUUCGAAGAUUGUUGGAAGAUGCUGACACCACGUCACAAACUGUGGCGCUGGCUACCACGAGAACACUAUGCCAGGCUCAGAUUUAUGGUGGGACAUCAUUAUGGCGCAUUCAUCUUGAUGGUGCGCGUGCUAUCCUCCAGGCGUCUCAAGCAGGCAAACAAGUGAUGAGCAGGCCUCACAUUCCUGUGAACACGGGGUUCCUGGAUAGUUGGUUCCAUAAUGCGGAAGCACUAGCUUCCUUGAGCCCGGCCGGGCUGCUCGGUGGUCAGCUUCUUGUCCACGGCCAGACCGAUUCUGGAGAGUUUCUCGACAUUUAUGGUGGCGUCAUGUCUGAUCUUCCUGCAUUAUUCAAAGAGGUCGGAGCCCUCUUGGGAAAGAAGCACGUACGCACCGCUGAGCUCGAACUUGAAACGGAGGAUCUCGUUCAUCAGAUCCACGCAAGGCUUUCUCGUGACAAAGCCGAGAAUAUGAUCAUCGCAUCAGAUCUGCUCUCGUUUCUCUCAGCGAAUGAUAUCCAAAACUACGCACUCAGCAACGCUGGGUUUCUCUAUAUGGCACUCUUACACCUAUACUGUAGCAUGGGGUCUUUGUCUCCUUUCGCUACCGAAGUCCGCUUCUGCGUUACUCAAAUCAUUCAGUGUGCUCAUAAAAUGUCUCGUGAGUCUGGACUCUCUCCGAGAGUACUGUUAGUCUCACCCUUGUUCACCGCCGGGCUUUAUGCUAUCGGGUCUGCGCGAGAUGAGAUCAGGCUCGAGCUGGUAGACAUUGGAAGAUGGAUGAAGACUCCUCAUCUGUUCAAGACACUAGAGCUAUUGGAAAGAGUUUGGCUUCAACACCCCGAUGACUCGACGCGCACUUGGGAGACGAUUGAAGAUAUGAGCGUCGACUUUCUUCCUUACUAGCUCGAAACUACUUGAGGAAAGCCUUAAAGCUUCUUCACCCGUUAAGGAGAUAAUAGAGGCAUACCAGCUACUGUGACGAAUACAGACUAGCCCACCACAUGGUUGUUACUAGACUCUCUCAGUUUCAACGACGUUGAGCUCAACGCUUAACUUUCCAACAGUCUCUCCGACACCUGGUCCCUGCACUUUGUAACCUCGGAACUUCCUGGCUGGCAGCUUCUCGUUGAACUACACAGAAUGGUGAGUAAUCUUGCCUUGUUGCUGGAUCGACUUCGGGUUACUUACCAUAGCGUCGAUUUCUUCCAAGGCCCGUCCCUUAACUUCAGGCAGGUAGAAGUACACCCAAACAGCGCUAAUGAUGCACGAAGGGAACCAGAUGUAGCCAUAUCUUGGUCCCCAGUUCAACGCAACGGGAUUAAUGAAGUAAGGAGCGGUGAACGUGAUCAGCCAAGCGCCAAGGAAUCCUGCUGCUGCAGCAAGGCCGAAGGUGUAGCUUCGAAGGCGUUGUGAUGGGAUUUCGCCAGCAACGAGCCAUGAAUAUGGAGCAAUCAUGCCCUGAAUGAGAAGGUCAACAACACAAUCUUUGCAUAGACAUCGAAACACUUACAUUGAAAGCCAUCAUGUAGAAGCAUGAAAGCGCAACCAGUACCUUGCCGGUGAUGAUUGCGCCCGGGUUGUGAUCAUAAACGAUUGCGAUGAUCAAUUGGAAGAAGCCAGCGGUUAUGAGGCCACAAAGGAGGAGUACUCUUCGUCUUCCAUAUCGUACAACGAUACAAACAUUGGCGAUGAUAGCAAGCAUACCUGCCAUACUGAGAACGUUGCUCAUUGCAAACGGGUCUUGAACUUUAGCCAUGGCGAAGAAGUAGGCCUUGUAAGCUGCGUAAAGGUCAGUUACGUAUCCCUUGGGCGACAUCAGGGAUGGUUACCAAUGAUGAACAUUGACCCAGUGGCAGCCUGGAGGCAAACAGCACAUAUGGAGAUCAUGGUUCGCCUUCUGUCGAUUGGGUUAUUGAACAUAUCCAGGAUACCGACACCCUUGGACAAUGCACGCUCGUUAUCAAUAGCUUGGCGGAUAUCUGCUAUCUCCGCCUCGGUAUCUGCGCCCUCUGGCCUGAGCCACUUGAGCGACUUGAGACCAUCUUCGUAGCGUCCUUGAAGAACAAGCCAUCUUGGUGACUCUGGAAUGAAAGGCAAACCAGCGAAUAUGAUAGCUGGAACUACGUAUAUCAUUCCGAGAGGGAUGAGAUAUGCAGAGCGAUCAGGGCGUUUCGCUGUUGCCCAGUCGAUUAUGGUACCGAUGAGUGUGCCCUAUGAACCACGAAUGAAACACGGUCAAGAACAAACCACGAUACUUUGCUGGACUACUCUCUUGGAUGUACAGUUGGGAGAAGGUCAUGAAGUAGCCGUUGGCCAACCCGAUAAGAAGCCGGCCAACAUACAGCGGCCCAAUAUGUGUCGUGGUCAUCAUGAUGAUGUUCGAUACUGCGCAGAGAACGCAAGCCAUCCGAAGACACAUUUUCCUUCCAAGUUUUGCCGCUACGAACCCUGCGAGACUGGAGCUUAUGAAGGCGCCCAUCGUCAUCAGGGACGAAAUAAGCUGCUGUCGAGUGGUGUCGAUGUUCCACCCGAUUGCGACUUCGGGGUCUCGGUAGCCAUAGAUCUGAUCAAGAGCAGUAGUCAGCACAAUGCUCGAGUGCUUGUUGGACGUCAGGGAAUGCAGGUGCCUACCUUGAGAAAGCCAGGCAUGGCUUGUAGUCCACCGAUCAAUCCAAAGUCAAGGCCAUACUGGAAAGGAGACAAUACGAUGAUUCCGCAUGCUAAGAAACAUCGCCAGUGGGCACGAACAGUAUCCUGCGAUGGGUCUGCCAUAAUCAAGGGCCAGAUGGAGUGAGGACGAUCAAAUGAAUCGAGCAGUCAACUGCUCUGGCUUUCUGCGGCUACCGUUUCCUUUCAUACUGGAGCUCAACUGGAGGGACUUGGCCAAUCACCUCACGGUUGUUCCUUCAGACAAAAACAUUGAAACCUCUCAU